AUGUUGCUCAAGGCAUUCUACGGACUCGCGCUUUUUCAGAGCGUCUCCGGUGCUGCUGUAUUUCGGAGACAGGCUGCAGGAGGAGAUAUCGAAAACUGUCCUGGAUACUCGGCAUCAGAUAUUGUCAAUACGGACACCGGCCUUACCGCCAAGUUAACACUAGCUGGCCCGGCUUGCAAUGUCUAUGGAACAGAUGUUCAGAACCUUCGACUGCUUGUGAAUUACGAUUCAGGUGUGCAUACCAAGCUCCGGAGAUUGUCUAUCGUCUCGCUGACAAUAGUCAANGAGAAACGUUUACACGUCAAGAUUGAGGAUGAAGGCCAGAUUGCCUACCAAGUUCCAGCUAGCGUUUUUCCCACACCAGAUGCUAACAACUCAGUCUCACCUGGCGAUGCAACUCUUGAAUUUUCGAUGGAGCAGAGCCCCUUCAGCUUCAAGAUCACUCGUAGAUCGAACCAGGAAGUACUNUUUGACACUUCCAAGUCAGCUAUUGUCUUCGAGGAGCAGUAUCUCCGUCUACGCACUUCACUUCCGGAGAACCCCAAUAUCUAUGGUCUUGGAGAGCACUCUGAUUCCCUCCGUCUGAACACAACCGACUACACCCGCACGCUGUGGUCAAGAGAUGCUUAUGGUAUCCCUUCAGGUACUAACCUCUACGGCAACCACCCAAUCUACUUUGAUCACAGAGUAGAAUCUGGUACACAUGGAGUCUUCCUCCUCUCGUCUUCAGGUAUGGAUAUCAAGAUCAACAAGACCGAAGCAGAUGGUCAAUAUCUCGAGUAUAACACCAUGGGAGGUGUAAUUGACUUGUACUUCAUGGAUGGUCCCAGUCCCAUCGAAGUCGCCCACGAGUACAGCAGCGUCACGCAGAAAGCUGCUAUGAUGCCCUACUGGGGCUUCGGUUUCCACCAAUGCCGCUAUGGCUACCGCGAUUUCUACGCCAUCGCUGAAGUUGUCUAUAACUACUCUGCUGCCGCAAUUCCGCUGGAGACUAUGUGGACUGAUAUUGAUUACAUGUAUGAACGAUACAUCAUGACUACCGAUCCUGAUCGGUUCCCUCUCGCUCGUGUCCGCGAAUACGUGAAUUACCUUCAUGAGCACAACCAGCAUUAUAUCGUCAUGGUGGACCCUGCUAUGGCUUACCAGACUGAACGUGAGCACGGCCUGCCCUACGAGUCUUUCCUCCGUGCUCGCGAUCAAGGUAUUCUCCUUCAGAAGAAUGACUCUAUCUACCAGGGUGUCGUCUGGCCUGGUGUCACUGCUUUCCCCGACUGGUUCCAUCCUGACACGGCUGAAUAUUGGAACAACGAGUUCGCCGAGUUCUUCGACGCUGAAACUGGCGUGGAUAUUGAUGCCCUUUGGAUUGACAUGAACGAGGCUGCAAACUUUAACUAUUUUGGUUCCAAUGCCGAGGAAAGUGCUGCAGAUCGCGGUUUCCCUCCAACUAGACCGGCCAUCAGAUCCGCUCCUCGCCCUAUUCCAGGCUUCCCUGAAUCGUUCCAACCUAACGCUAGCAGCCCGUACCCUCCAGACGAUCUUGCAUAUGCUCCUCCAUGGCUUGCUCCCGCGUCUGACCCUGGUGCAACCAAGCGGUCAAUCGAUGUCAAGAAGCCUGCUAAGCGCACAGUCGGUCUGCAGUACUCUCCUAUUGACAAGCGUCAGUCAUCUACACGCAUCGGCUUCCCGAACCGUGAUCUCCUGGCACCGCCUUACCAGAUUGAUAACGCAAACACUGUUGAAGCCUACGGCGGUGUCUCCAAUAACACGCUUGACACCGACAUCGUCCAUUUCGAUGGGCAUGUAGAGCUUGAUGUCCACAAUCUGUACGGAACUAUGAUGAGCACUUAUUCAAGAAAUGCACUUGAAGCACGCAGACCUGGAAGAAGGCCCUUAGUCAUCACUCGUUCGACGUUCGCGGGUGCGGGCAAAGCUGUCGGAAAGUGGCUAGGUGAUAACCUGUCGACCUGGGAGCUCUAUCGUCAAUCCAUUCAAGGUAUGCUCGACUUUGCCGCCAUCUAUCAGGUUCCUAUGGUCGGCAGUGAUGUAUGCGGGUUUGGUGGAAACACAACGAGCAGCCUUUGUGCUCGUUGGGCAUCUCUAGGUGCAUUUUACCCCUUUUUCAGGUCGCACAACGGCGAUUCCAGCCUGCCACAAGAAUUCUACCUGUGGGAAGUGGUUGCCGAGUCUGCUCGCAAGUCAAUUGACGUUCGUUACAAGCUUCUGGACUACAUCUAUACGGCAAUGCACAAGCAGAGCGUCGAUGGUACCCCACUCAUCAGCCCUAUGUUCUUCCAGUACCCUCAUGACAAGGCGACUUCUGCUCUCGAUCUCCAAUUCUUCUAUGGCGACGCUAUUUUGGUUGCCCCUGUCACCGAAGAGAACUCGACCAGCGUGGACGUUUACUUCCCCGACGACAGAUUCUACGACUUCAAGACAUUUAAGACUGUCGAGGGCAAAGGCGCUAAUAUCACAGUUUCGGAUGUAGACUUCACCGAUAUUCCUCUCUACAUCCGUGGUGGUUCAAUUAUACCGAUGCGUAACGCAUCUGGCUACACGACUACCGAUGUGCGCAAGCAGCCUUUCAACAUUGUCAUCGCACCAGGUCGCGACGGCAAGGCUAGUGGUUCUUUGUACCUCGACGAUGGAGACAGUAUCAAGCAGAAUGCCACAUCAGAGAUCACGCUCGAGUAUGAUAGCGGUCUUCUAACUCUCUCUGGUUGCUUUGAUUACCAAGCUGAAGACAACCGCGUUGUCCAGGUAACUCUUCUUGGCCAGAAGAGCCACUCUGGUCAGGCACCACAAUGGAAGCAUGAUGGUGAUGACCACGAAUGGAACAAGUGUGGAGACAACGACUGGAGCUUUGACGAUUCCACCCAUCACGUUCUCGUUCAGUUCGAUCAAAGGCUUACCGGGCCUUUCGUUGUCUCUGUAUAG